AUGGUUUCUUCCACAUCUAUUACUUUGUUUAUUUUAUCGUCUGCUUACCUUUUAAGCGAUAUUUCUCCAUCCCUUCAAUAUGAACAGAUUGGCUCCACUCCAAAUUUAACGGAUCUAGUCGAAUCGGAACAAGAAUGUGCGGCGAAUAACGUUCAAUUGAGAGAAGAACAAAAUAAUAACUGGAUGGUGAAACUGGAAGGUGAAUGGAAGGAUUUUACCUCUUCUUUGGAAAAUGAAAAAAUCAUAUGGAUCCAAGAAAAAGACAAAGAAUGGGAAGAAUGGCUAGAAAUAAUGCAAGAAAAGUGGACACAUUGUGACAGAAACUUGAAUCCAACAUACAAAAAUUAUAUUUUGAAAAAAUCCUCAGGAUGGGAUAAUUUUGAUUGGGAAUAUUGGGCCAACACGGAAUGGCAUGAUUUAAUGGAAAAGGAUUGGAAAAAUUGGAUAUAUGGGAACAAGUUGAGUUUGAAUAAAUUAAUAGACAAUAAAUGGAUCAAUUGGAGUAACGAAAAAAUGGCAGAGUGGCUAAUUCAAGAGUUGAAUGAUGAGGAAGAUUCCUAUACACAGACAACAAAAAUUGGAGACAUUUCCAGUACAGAAGAAAAUGAUGAGAAUUUGUCCAAUUUGGAGGAUAAAGUAUUUAGUAAAAAUGAAGAAUGGGAACAUUGGACUGACAGAAAAGAGAAACUAAUUAAAAAAAUAAAGAAUUCUAAUUGGUCAGAAUGGAAAAAUAAUAAAUACGCCUCGUUUAACCAAUGGAGAGAGUCCUUUAUUAAAAAAUGGAUAAGGGAAAAGCAGUGGGAAAUAAUGGUUAACAGUCAGAAAAAUUAG